AUGCCUUUACGUGCACAAAUUGAACGUUGGAGUCGAAAUGAAUUAGAAGAACAUUUUCAUAAAGUUUCUGAUGAAGUUAGAGCAUUAAAACAAAAUAAUCAAAAAAUGCAAAAAGAAAUAAAAAUUAUAAAUGGAAGAAUAAAUGCUGGAGUUGGAAUAGAAAGAGCACAAAUAAAACAAAAUAAUAAUGAAUAUGAGGGAUUAGAACGAUCAAAUAAAGUUUUAUCACAAAAGUUAAAAGUACUCAAACAUCAAUUACUUAAUUAUUCAACUACAACCCCUUAUCAAAACAAAACACAUCCAAAUAUAUUAGGGAGUAGUAGACCAUCUACAGCCCAAUUACCUUUAAAUACAAAACAAAAAACUCAACAAAGAAAAACAAAUUUUGGAAGACAAAGACCAAAAAGUUCAACAAUUGAAAGUCAAAAAAAUCAGAAUUCCGAAAUCUUUAAUGAUGAUAAAUUGAUAAAAAAUGAAGAUAAUACAAUUGAAAUGAUAGAUAAUAACUCUGUUUUGCCAACAAAAAUUUGUAAAAUUAAAUUAGAUAAUUUGUGUCAAAAAUUAAAAAAAAUAAAAGCGUCAGAAAAAAAUUUGGAAACAUUCCAAAUGUAUUAA